AUGACUGAUGGCGAGGGGAGAGCGCGCUUUCAGUACGACGACUGCCAGGAGGGGCAGGAGCAGGAGGAGGAGGUGCAGGAGGAGGUGAGGCUCGCUAUACCGACACACUAUCAGAAUGACGCCCCAGGGCAAGAGGUCGACCCCGGAGGAGGCUGCGAUGAGGAGGAAGAGGAGGAAGAGGAGAAGAGGAGCGACCGUCGGGGAGAAGGAGCGGAAGGUCAAUGGAGUCCUGAGGUUCAGGAGCAUGAGGAGCAGGAACCUGAGCUGGAAAUGGAAAGCGGACCAACACUGGGAGUUCGCAUUAGAGCUCCCAUACGUGAUCCAGACUGUGUCUCUGAGGAGGAGGACCAGCAACCCUACCCGGCCUUGGCCCCCUUGGCGUUCUUCUGCCUAAAACAAACGACAAGGCCCCGAAACUGGUGUCUGCGCUUCGUCUGUAACCCGUGGUUCGAGCAUGUGUCCAUGCUGGUGAUCCUCCUCAACUGCGUCACCCUGGGGAUGUUCCAGCCCUGCGAAGACGUCACCUGUCAGUCUGAGUGGUGCCGCAUCCUGCAGGUUUUGGAUGACUGUAUCUUUGCUUUCUUCGCUGUGGAAAUGAUCAUCAAGAUGGUCGCCCUGGGAAUUUUUGGUCCCAAUUGUUACCUCGGCGACAAAUGGAAUCAGCUUGACUUUGUCAUCGUCAUGGCGGGGGUGAUGGAGUAUUCUCUGGAUGGCCAUAACGCCAGUCUGUCUGCCAUCCGUACUGUUCGAGUGCUCAGACCACUGCGGGCGAUCAAUAGAGUACCAAGUAUGCGGAUCUUGGUCACGUUGCUGUUGGACACUCUGCCCAUGCUGGGAAACGUCCUCCUUCUCUGCUUCUUUGUCUUUUUCAUCUUUGGCAUUGUUGGAGUGCAGCUGUGGGCGGGACUACUGCGGAACCGCUGCUUCCUGGGAGAGGACGUCAAAGCGAUGUACAACUUGACCAUAAAUGAUUAUUACAUGUCCGAGGAGGGUGAGGACAGCCCGUUUAUCUGUUCGGCUGCACGUGAGAACGGGAUGCUACGCUGCAACGACGUGCCAAGUUACACCGAGGGCGGAGUGGAGUGUUCGCUGUCUGCUCCUCACCAAAGUGGGGCUAGUGUUAAUGGAUGCAUUAACUGGAACCGCUACUACAAUGUAUGUCGCCCUGGGCAGUUCAACCCUCACAAGGGAGCUGUCAACUUUGACAACAUCGGCUAUGCCUGGAUAGCCAUAUUCCAGGUCAUUACACUGGAAGGAUGGGUUGAUAUCAUGUACUAUGUCAUGGAUGCUCACUCCUUCUACAAUUUUAUAUAUUUUAUACUGCUCAUUAUCGUGGGCUCUUUCUUCAUGAUCAAUUUGUGCCUGGUGGUCAUCGCCACCCAGUUCUCAGAAACAAAGCAGAGGGAGAACGCCCUGAUGAGGGAGCAGCGCGCACGCUACAUGUCCAAUGACUCCACGCUCGCCAGUUACAGCGAACCAGGCUCAUGCUACGAGGAGAUGCUACGCUACAUCAGUCACCUGUAUCGCAAGCUAACGCGCAGGCUGCAGAGAAUAUACUCCGGCUGGCACAGUAAAAGGCGUAAAAAAGUGAAUCCCAACGGCAGCGGCGGAGGCAGUAACGGCGGAGGAAACGGACAUGGUCACGGCUCCAGCAGGGGCGCCGGGGGCUCAUGCCCAAAUAGCACAUUGUGGUUGAGACCCAUCCAUAACCUCCUCCAGCAUCAUCAGCACCAGCACUGUCGCCUCAGCAACGGGGGGCAGCACGCCGCCAGCACGACCACUGGCGAGCAGACAGACACUGAAAGGGGGGUCGAAGGAGGGGAGGAGCUAGAGAUGAAGUCACUUCCUGUCCGGAGAGGGAGUACGAAUGGAAAUAGCAGCCGAGGGAACCCCACCGUCGUUACCCAGGGUAUGGGGGCGCUGCUGGGGCGACUCAACGGGGGGAUGAACUAUCCGACGAUUCUACCGUCGUUUGUUUGCAGCUACAGCAGUAAGACGCCGCCUCCCCAUUCCCAACAGAGCGGGCACAGUCCAGACCAGCACCCAACGAACCACCCAGCGUCUGAACACACAGAGACCCUGAACAAGCUGUACCAGCUCAUGGGACAACACAGUCGCCAGAGGCUGCUGUACCAGCUGGCAGGCGUGGUGCCCAGCCCUCUGCUCCUGGAGCUGCUCAGCUGCCCUCUAUGUGCCCGCAGCCUGGAGACACUGGAACUGGAACUGGGAGACCUGGAGGGAGGCAGAGGAGAGGUGGACGGUCUGCACGACUUCCCGCAGGGGGGCGAUUUCCGAGGAGUGCGAAGUCGGGGCAGACGGCGGGGGGUCGUGGAGUACAAAAAUGGAGCAUUUCAAGCCUGGAAAGACUUCAGGGAAAAACUUAAGAGGAUUGUGGAGAGUAAAUACUUCAACAGAGGCAUCAUGAUCGCCAUCCUCGUCAAUACGCUCAGCAUGGGUAUAGAGUACCACGAGCAGCCUGAGGAGUUGACCGACGUGUUAGAAAUCAGUAACAUCGUUUUCACCAGUAUGUUCGUCCUGGAGAUGGGCUUCAUGUUGCUGGCCUUCGGUUUGUUCGGAUACAUCAGGAACCCAUAUAACAUCUUCGACAGCAUCAUCGUUAUCAUCAGUGUGUGGGAGAUAAUCGGUCAGUCAGAUGGUGGGUUGUCGGUCCUGCGAACGUUUCGUCUGCUGCGGGUUUUGAAGCUGGUUCGCUUUCUACCCGCCCUGAGGAGACAACUGGUGGUGCUGAUGAAGACCAUGGACAAUGUGGCCACGUUCUGCAUGCUCCUCAUGCUUUUCAUCUUCACUUUCAGUAUCCUGGGUAUGCAUCUGUUCGGCUGUAAAUUCGGUCUCCAGAUGGAGAAUGGAGACACCAUCCCUGACCGCAAGAACUUCGACACUUUACUCUGGGCCAUUGUCACUGUUUUUCAGAUCCUGACCCAGGAGGACUGGAAUGUGGUUUUGUAUAACGGCAUGGCCUCGACCUCCCCGUGGGCAGCGCUCUAUUUUGUUGCUCUCAUGACAUUCGGCAACUAUGUGCUCUUCAAUUUGCUCGUGGCCAUCUUGGUUGAAGGCUUCCAGGCUGAGGGUGAUGCAAAUCGGUCCGAAUCAGAUGAUGAGAAGAAAUCAGACAACUUUGAAGAAGACGAGAAGGUGGAGCAGCUCAGAGACACUGAGCUAAAGAUGUACUCUCUAAUGAUGACAGCCAACGGUCAUGUCGAUCCUCGAGGCUCUAUGGCUCCGCCCAUAAUCAUGCGAACGGCGGCCACUCCCAUGCCCACUCCUAAAAGCUCUCUGGGACCUGAGUCCGUCCUUGGUGACGACCUGAUGUCUCAGGUGCUCGGGUUGUCUGAGGCUGGAAGUGGUCAUGCAGAGUCUCGGCGGGCGAGCGCCACAUCCUUGGAACCUUUACCCUAUGACCAGCGUUCUGUGAGUCUCUCCAGUCCCGGCCGGCGCUCCCCUGUUCCUCCCCGUGGCUCUGGCAGCUCAUGGGGAAGCCGUCGCUCCAGCUGGAACAGUCUAGGAAGGGCACCGAGCCUCAAAAGGCGAGACACCAGCGGGGAGAGGGAGAGCCUGUUGUCCGGGGAGGGAGGAGAGGAGGAAGACGGCGGAGAGGACAAGGGCGAGGCGGGGGUUGGAGUUAUGGCCGGAGACAACAACAGACUCCGUCCGGCAUCUUUGGAGCUGCUGCAGGCGUCGACGCUUUGCCCUUCUAUUAUAACGGAGUAUGGGGACUGUAAUGGGAGGACCCUGACCUAUGAACCCAACUUAAACACUGACCCAAAGGAUGAUUCCUCGCCUGAAGAUGACAUAGAUGAUGAUAGUUCCUUUUGCUUUUUUAUCAAGAGGGAGCUCCAUAACAUGAAGCCCCGCUGGUGUAAAGAACAUGAAGACUGGAACCUAUAUCUGUUUUCUCCAGAGAGCCGAUUACGUGUGUGGUGCAAAGCGACGAUCUCCCACAAACUGUUCGACCAUGUUGUAUUGGUUUUCAUCUUCCUCAACUGCAUCACCAUCGCUCUGGAGAGACCUGGCAUAGAUCCAACAAGCCCUGAGCGCAUGUUUCUGAGUGUGUCAAACUAUGUAUUCACUGUGAUCUUCUUAGCAGAGAUGGCCAUUAAGGUUAUCGCUCUGGGUUUCUGCUUUGGGAAGCAGACGUACCUUCAGUCCACUUGGAAUAUUCUGGACGGUUUGUUGGUGUUUGUGUCUCUGGUCGACAUUCUGGUCACUGUAGCCUUUACUAGUGAAAACAAGAUCCUGGGUAUCCUCAGAGUCCUGCGUCUGCUGCGUACAUUACGUCCACUGAGGGUGAUCAGUCGAGCGCCUGGGCUGAAGCUGGUUGUGGAGACGCUCAUCACGUCUCUCAGACCCAUCGGUAACAUCGUCCUCAUCUGCUGUGCUUUUUUCAUUGUCUUCGGUAUCUUGGGGGUGCAGCUGUUCAAAGGCAAGUUCUACCACUGUGAAGGUCUGGACACAAAAAACAUCACCAACAAGUCCGACUGUCUGCAGGCGAAUUACCGCUGGAUACGGAGGAAGUACAACUUUGACAACCUGGUUCAGGCUCUUAUGUCUUUGUUCGUGUUAUCGUGUAAGGACGGUUGGGUCAACAUCAUGUAUGAUGGGCUGGACGCUGUGGCUGUGGACCAACAGCCUGUACGAAACCACAACCCCUGGAUGCUGCUCUACUUCAUCUCCUUCCUGCUCAUCGUCAGCUUUUUUGUUCUCAACAUGUUUGUCGGCGUUGUGGUGGAGAACUUCCACAAGUGCCGACAGGACCAGGAGGAGGAGGAGGCCCGUCUACGGGAAGAGAAGAGGCUCAAAAUGAUAGAGAAAAAGCGCAGGAGUAAGGAGAAUGGAGGGGCUGAGGCCAAGCAGAGGCCCUACUACGCCGACUACUCCCCUUUACGUCUGUCCAUCCACACACUGUGUACUAGCCAUUACCUGGACCUCUUCAUCACCUUCAUCAUCUGCAUCAACGUUUUCACCAUGAGCAUUGAACACUACAAUCAGCCGCAGUAUCUAGAGGAAGUUCUGAAGUACUGUAACUACGUGUUUACCUUCAUCUUCAUCAUUGAGGCUCUGCUGAAACUAGCGGCAUUUGGUAUACACAGGUUCUUCAAAGACAGGUGGAAUCAGCUUGACAUAGCUAUAGUGGCGUUGUCCAUCAUGGGCAUCACACUGGAGGAGCUGAAAAUGAACGCAGCGCUGCCGAUAAACCCCACCAUCAUCAGAAUCAUGAGAGUACUCAGGAUAGCACGAGUGUUGAAACUUCUGAAAAUGGCCACCGGGAUGAGAGCUCUGCUGGACACUGUCAUGCAAGCGCUGCCACAGGUUGGGAAUCUCGGUCUCCUGUUUAUGCUGCUCUUCUUCAUCUACGCUGCACUGGGAGUGGAGCUCUUUGGCAAACUGGAGUGCAGCGAAAAGAACCCGUGCGAGGGUCUGAGUCGUCACGCAACCUUUGACAAUUUCGGCAUGGCCUUCCUCACACUGUUCCGAGUGUCUACCGGAGACAACUGGAAUGGGAUUAUGAAAGACACAUUACGAGAGUGUCACCCGGAGGAGGGUCACUGUCUCUCCUACCUUCCCUUGGUGUCUCCCAUUUACUUCGUCACCUUUGUGCUCAUGGCCCAGUUUGUCCUGGUUAAUGUGGUGGUGGCUGUUUUGAUGAAACAUCUAGAGGAAAGCAACAAGGAGGCUAAAGAGGAUGCAGAAAUGGAUGCGGAAAUCGCCAUGGAAAUGGCAAUGGAGACGCAACGUAAAUUAAGCACAACCUCCUCCAAUAACAGUUCAGUGGGAGGCACCUACGUUGGCCCGUGUCCAAAUUCACCCGAAGAGGAGGAAGAGGUGCAGUACUACGACCCGGACCUGCUGUCGUCAAGGAAGAUGUCGGUAUCCAGGAUGCACUCCCUGCCCAAUGACAGCUACAUGUUCAGACCCGUAAGGCCUGCUAGCGCCCCCUACCCAUUGGAGGAGGUGGAUCUCAGUCCUCAGCACCAGCAUUCAGGUUCAGUGACGUCAGUCCACUCCCAGCCGUGUGAGAGACGUAUUCUGCUGCAAGUACCAGAUGUUUCCUGCAUCCACCCUUUUCCAUCACCAUCACUCGCCUUGCCCCGCAUCGCUCCGCCCACACCCAGCCCCUCCCCUCGCGCCCUGCACAGACAGGUGGCAGUUAAAGUGGAUUCUGUGGAGUCCCAGGGUUGUGAACAACAGAAGAGACCCCACCCCCUCAGUCUGCCUCCCUCUUCCCCUUCUCCACUUUCUCCCCUUUACUCUUCCCCGUCUCCCCUGCCUCCCCCUCCACCCUCCUCCCCCUCCACCCUGUCUUUACCACCUUGCUCCCCCUCCCCGUCUGCCUUUCCACUUCCUCCUCCCUCACCUUCCCUACUGCCUCCUCUGCCCCCCUCCCCUUCUCCUCUCCCCCCUCUGCCGCCAUCUCCCGUGCUUCUUCUCCCUCCGCCCCCCUCCCCUCGUCUUCCUUUGAGGCCCCCCAGUCUUCGGAGACAUAGACCUCCCUCUGACGCCUCACUCUGCGAUCCGGCCGACGAGGAGGUGUGUCAUAUCACCAGCUCGGCACGCCACAGGUGGAGAGAGGAAGGACAGCCGGAGAGAGAGAGGGGGAAGGCCGGUCGCAGUCACUCCCUCUCCCCUUACACUUCGGCGUACUCUGCCGCAGACCCCUCCUCCGUUGGCCCUCCCGCUCUGCCGCCUUCCACGUCGAGGAGCGCACUCAGUCUGCUCGGGGAAGCGUCGAAGGACCGCGACUUUAGGAAGGGCUUCAGCGCUGAAAACCAGGGCUUCCCGGACAAGCCGUCAUCAUUGUCCCCCUGUCACCAUGACGACCAACGGCGCCACUCCAUUGAAGUCUGCCUCCCGCAGGCCGUCCUCCCCGGCGACAAACACUUUUCAGAGCAUCGGUCUGAAAAAGGCAGUCAGGGAUUCCCUAUGAGGGUGCAGUCGGUCGGGGGCGGCCACAGGAAGAAGAAAAUGAGCCCUCCUUGUAUCUCCAUCCACCCGCCCUCAGAAAGGGAACACCUCCACAUAGCUUCACCCCCUAAACUGUCCGACUGCAGCAUGCUGUUGAGACGCAGGACGCCGUCGUAUGACUUGACCCCAUACACUCAAGAAGUCCCUGCAGAUCCACAGUCAGUGCUCACACCUAUCCACGUACCACUGCAGGUACCUUCACCAUCUCACACACUGACACCCUCACGGGGGUCUACACCGACGCACACUCAGACCCACACUCCGCCGCAGGUUUCCACGCCGACACACCCGCACAUCCCGAUCAGCCCCAACAUCUUCAUCCAACCUCGCGCACCUCUCGUCCCCAACGCCAUGCCUUUCUCACAGACGCACUCCCUUUCCCCUUCGGCGAGGCACUCGUCUCUCACGAAGGACUGCAUCCCCCUGCCCCAAUUUACCUUCGAUCAACCACAGUACAUGUCCACCGGUCUGUCGGACACUGAAACAGCUACCUGCUCUUCCCCUUUUGACAACAGACUGGGAAGCAGCCCGGGAUUCAGUGCAAAGAAUCGGAGGACCGCCCAGUGAAGGUGGAGCGUUGCCUUCAGGAGGUGAAUUCAUGGGUGAAGCUGGAGUAGGGGGGGCCUCGGCUGAGCCCGGCUAAAAGGGGAACGGGAGCGAGACGUUUUACUGGCAGAGGGAUUUUUGUUGUUUUGUUUUAUUUUCAUGAAGAGACACUGACUAUUCUUUUCAGAGACGCUGGUACGGUCCAGGCCUAGAAUAACAGACAGUGGAUCCAUUUUGCUAAACCCGGACAUGAAGGCUGUUCCGGUAACAGUACCCACUGUACACGGUGUGUUUGGGACUAAUACUGAUAACACACCAGAACUAAAGCCACCUAAACUCCGUAGCCAAAGUUUUUUUGACACACUGUCCCCACCCACGUGAGCCAAUCAGGAAGCAGCGUCUGGCUGAUGACCUCUAACCUUCACGGGGAGCGGUUUGUGAAAUGCGAGCGUGGGGGGAAUUGUGGGAUAUGCAACUUCAGGUUUUCUACAGAAGUUCUGCUUGCCCCUCCUCUGCUCCUCGAUCACAUUGAUCGGAGCAGAAGUGUGUAUGUGUGAGUGUGCGUGUGUGUGAGCGUGUGUGUGUGUGUUUUCUUGUGUGCGAGUAUCCGUCACAUCUUGUCGUCAUGGAAGUUGGCCAUGCCAUUCAUACACCUGCAAAGACAGAGAGGGGGAGCAGGGCAGACCUGUAGUGUAUGUUUAUCUGUGUAUCUGUGCAGUGUAAAUAAAAAGAAAAUACUGUAUUUGGUGAGAUUAAAAAUAGCUCUAUCCAUAUGCACAUAUUUUUAUAGAGAUCUAAAAUGUUUUUGCACACAGAUUUGAAUUUCGAGUUGCUUGUUUAUCCUCUGUUGUCCUUAUGUGAAUGUAUGUUUCUUUUCAAAGCUGAGAGUGAAGCGAGGGUUUGACCGAACCUCCUCUCAACAGGCUCAUCCGGAGUUGAGGAGCGGGAUUUUAUUUUUCUAUUUUGAAAAAGAUAAAGAAGAGAAGCAGGAGUGUGAUGUAUUUCCGUAGCUUUGUGUCAGAUUUCUAUGUAUCUGGUGUCUCAAUCGGUCUGGAGAAGCGGGCUCAGUGAUGUGAGUCAAAUUAUAAUAAGAUGUUUAGUGAGACUGGUGGAAAAAGCAGUCUCAGCAAACGAAAAUGUAACGUGAUUAUUAUUAUUAUUAUUAUUAUUUUAAAAUCAAAAUACAUUUUAAAUAAAGCGGAGAUAUUAACAACUUGCAGGCAACUUAAUAUCUCUAAAUAGCUGUUGGAAAAUACGCAGGUACACUAUGAAUGUACUGUACCUGUACAGACGAUACUGAACAUGUCUGUGUUUGGGUAAACGUACGAGGGCCAUCACUGAGCCUUGUCUUCUCCAGCUGUUUUCAAGCUGGAUCAGCUUCGACACCACUCAGUGUUUCUGUACAUCUAAAGACAACCAAACUAACUUACUAAAUAUGUGUAGCCAGAGUGCAAUAAUAAUCUAUACUUGUGGAAAAUAUAGUUACAUCAACACACAUUUAACAACCACACUCUUGUGUUUCGUACAUGCUGUAGAGCUACUAUAUAUGAUAUAAACCCAUUUUAUAUGACGGUUGAGAGUAUCGCUAUCUCUAGUGUUCAUGCUACUAUAGGUACUUGCCCCUGUGCGUGGCUGCAGCGGCAUGGGUGUGGCUGGCGACAGUGUUAGGUACUGUAGAUUUCUCUAAAAAGCUCAGGCCCACCUGUUGAUGGUGUUACUGUAAACUGAACAGUGACAUGCAUCUCUGCUGAGGACUCAAUAAGCCAUUCAUCAUUCCUCAUUUUCUUCUCCCCCCUUUUCCAGUAAUUCACCUUAAAUUUAUUAGAUCAGCAUGAAAAACAAAAGUAAAAAAAAUAAAUAAAUAAAAAAAAACAAACAUUCGCUACCU